UAUUUACCACUGCAACCGGUAUAAAUUCAACUCCCCUCCUUCGGUAGUCUUAACUCUUCGAUUGGAUUGGGCUUAGAAUUCCCACUUUUGCAACUUCAAACGGCCCAAAUCCGGUAAAAUUCAAAUCCCUUGAGCAAAAAGCAUCUGUUAGCUCAAAAUCCGAAAAAUAGUCCAGACUUUGCUUCUCCUCCAAAUCACGAGUCCACGACGGCGGCAGUACACGACCUACCUCCUCCCGCCUCAUCUCCAUUAACGAAGACUCCCGCCGGCGAAGGAAGCUGCUUCGACAGCUAAUUUGAAACAUUCCUAAUGAUGGUUGCAUUUUGCACAUGAAAUGUGAAUAUUUACGGAAAAAGAUUGACCAUGGGAACUCGGAGUGGUUUGUGGAAUUUCGGCAACAAGUUUUUCACAUGUGGGAUCAUAGGCUUAUAUGUUUCAGACCGAUUUGCGAGUGUUGCUCCGGUGCGCGGUUCCUCUAUGUCGCCUACGUUAAACCCUGGAACUACUUCUUUGAUGGGCUUGCCAAUUGAUGACUAUGUUUUGGUGGAGAAACGGUGUCUUCAAAGCUACAAGUUUUCACAUGGUGACGUGGUAGUUUUCCGCUCCCCAAGUAACCACAAGGAGAGUCACAUAAAGAGAAUAACUGCCUUACCUGGUGAGUGGAUUGGAACGCGUCGUUCCUAUGACGUGGUGAAAAUUCCAGAAGGACAUUGUUGGGUUGAGGGAGACAAUUCAUCUUCUAGCUUGGAUUCAAAGUCGUUUGGACCAAUUCCUCUGGGUUUAGUUCAAGGAAGGGUUACCCACAUUGUGUGGCCUCCUCAGAGAAUGGGUGCUGUUGAGAGAAUAACACCGCAAGACACGAUUUCAUCGUCAUAGUUGGACACACUUGCUGAUCCCCACUUUUGAACGGGAGAACAUAUACUUUUUUCUUUCUGGAGUUCUUAUAUUUUGACCAUUUGCCAUGGCAGCAGCCUUUUAUUGGAAUAUUAUUAGUCAAGGAAGAUCAAGUAAGGUCGUUUGAACUUCCGGCCCUCCUCGAGGUUUAGCCAUCAGCUCAUCAAGUUCCUUUGUCUUAGCUCUUGUUUCGUUCUCUAUCAAGUUAUUUUCUUGUGCUA